AUGACUGCCCAGACUCAAGAAGAGCUCCUUGCUGCCCAGCUCGAAGUCCAAAAGAUUCUCGAAGCUGAUAAGCCUGAGGUUGAGGAUGAAGAGGAUGAGGACGAGGAUGAAGAUGACGACGAUGAUGACAAGGAUGAGGACGAAGCUGAAGGACAACAAGAUGGAGAUGCCAGUGGUAGAUCAAAACAAAGCAGAAGUGAAAAGAAGAGUCGUAAAGCAAUGUUGAAGCUUGGAAUGAAACCUAUCCCUGGUGUUAGUCGGGUUACAGUAAAAAAGAGCAAGAAUAUCUUGUUUGUUAUCUCCAAACCUGAUGUUUUCAAGAGCCCAACUUCUGACACAUAUGUGAUCUUUGGGGAGGCUAAGAUUGAGGACUUGAGCUCCCAACUACAAACUCAGGCAGCAGAGCAGUUCAAGGCACCUGAUCUCAGUCAUGUGAUUUCAAAGCCUGAGACUUCAGCCAUGGCUCAGGAUGAUGAAGAGGUUGAUGAAACUGGAGUGGAGCCAAAGGAUAUUGAAUUAGUGAUGACCCAGGCAGGAGUCUCCAGGUCAAAGGCUGUGAAAGCUCUGAAGUCUGCAGAUGGAGACAUAGUCACUGCCAUCAUGGAUCUGACCACUUAG